UCUCGAUUUGCACAAGAAAUCACAUCAACUCCUCAUCCUCUCCCAAAAAACUGUGUUCAGUCAUAAAAACAAACUCCGUCCCGUCGCACACACAUUAGAAAUGCCCUCAGCAGACGUUGCAAUGCUCGUGGACAUGGGGUUCACGUUGUCCAAGGCAGAAAAAGCUCUCCAGAUGACUGGAAAUAAGGGUGUCGAGCCCGCGAUGGAGUGGUUACUCGCUCACUCUGACGAUGGUGAACCCACUGCUGAGUCAUUGCAGGUCCAGGCAUCAGGAAGUGCACCUCCAGAGGAAGCGAAAGCUGCUGAGGCAGCUCAGGAACCGGCUGCAGAAGCCAAAUCUCUGAAAUGCGAUGUAUGUGGGAAAUUAUUUAAAUCCUCCCUAGAAGUGGAGUUUCACGCAACCAAGUCUGGCCACGAUAGUUUCUCAGAGAGUCUAGAGGAGAAAAAACCUCUGACAGACGAGGAGAAGAAGGAAAAAUUAAAACUAUUGGAGGAGAGAAUGAAGCAGAAGAGAAAAGAGCGAGAGGAGAAUGAGAAGCAGGAGGCCUACGAGAGAGAGAAAUUCAGAAUAAAAUCGGGGAAGGAGAUUGCAGAGGCCAGACGCAGAUUGGAGGAGUUAGAGAUGAAAAAACUCCUGGAGCAACGAAAGCGUGAAAAAGAGGAGGAUAGAAUCGUUCGUCAGAAAAUUCGCGAGCAGAUUGAGGCUGAUAAAGCUGCCAGGCGAGCUAAACAAGCUCAGGAGAGUGGACAGCCAACUGUUGUCUCUCCCACGAGUCCCACAUCUCCUAGUUCUGUUGCGCCCGCACCCAAGAAGGAUUACAAUCAAACAAAAAUUCAGAUACGUCUUACAAAUGGAGAAACACUGACUCAGAGCUUUGGCUCCAAAGAGCAGCUGUCAGCCGUGCGUCUAUACGUAGAAAUGCACAGAACUGAUCCUCCAGGGCCGUUUAACCUUAUGACGAGCUUCCCUAGAAAAGUUUUUAUAGCUGACGAUUACGAUGCGCCUCUAGACGUCCUUGGCCUGGUGCCCUCAGCUGUCGUGAUUGUACAGAAAAACGCAGAAGGAUAGGAGAGCUGGACUGAUGAGUGAGAGGACACUUCCGGACAGGUUAUAAAUAUGAAAAUAAUUUCUUAAUUAAGUGAUUUUUAUCAUUACUAUUAAUGUAAAUGUGUCGGCAUUGAACAUGCCAUUUCUUAUUGGAUAAAAUUUAACUCGGGGGAGAAUAUUCCCGAGAAC